CUUCGCGUCCCGAACAACUCCUACAGCAUCUCCCGGCGGACGUUUUUUAAAGAAUUCUCUGCGGUUUCCGAUUAACUUCCUACGAGGCCUAUGUCAAGGGACAGUGCUGACAGCCAUAAACAGUGGAACGGGAUCAGUCACCCAGAUAUUGUCGAGAAAUAACUCCAGCGCCAUGAGUUCCAAUAAUCACUUCCAGAAAGUCAAGUUCGAGAAGCUCUCGCAGAAUCGGAAGGAGAGGAGGAGGGAUUACAGCUGCGGCGAUAAAUUCAUCCAGCUGAAGAAGAUCCCUUCCUGGCCUGCCUUCUACAAGGAGAACUCUUACAGCGUUUCUACAGCUGCACAUCCACAGAGCCUAGUAGACAAGUUCAAGGAUGAAUGCAGGUAUCAAGUGGACGCCGAGAUCAACGAGAAGGUGUCAGUCUUCUAUGGCGAUAUUACGAAACUGGAAAUCGAUGCCAUUGUCAACGCGGCCAAUAACAGCCUGCUCGGAGGUGGAGGGGUUGACGGUGCCAUCCACAGGGCAGCAGGGCCAUUCCUGUUGAAUGAGUGCCAGACUCUCAACGGAUGUGAUACGGGCGAUGCCAAGAUCACCGGGGGAUAUGACCUUCCUGCGCGUUACGUCAUCCACACUGUCGGGCCUAUUGGGGAGAAGCCGUCCAUGCUAGAACAGUGCUAUCGGAGGUCCAUGCAGGUCGCGCUGGAGAAUAAUAUCAAAACCAUCGCCUUUCCUUGCAUUUCCACUGGGGUGUAUGGUUACCCUAAUGAAAAGGCUGUGCAGUUGGUCUUGCCCGUUGUGAGAACCAUGCUGGAAGCCCACAAGGAUAAGUUUGAACGCGUCAUUUUCUGUCUUUUCUUAGAUAUUGACAAGAAACUGUAUAAUCGUUACUUGCCAAUAAUAUACCCUUUAAACUAAGAUCCUUAAUAAAUAUUUGUUAAUUCUUCCACAAAAGUUGUGUGAUUACUUUUUUUUUCUAAGUUAUUUGAAUUUUACGUCUAAUUUCGUAAUGAGUGGAAGAAGAAAAGCUAAAAUCAUUUUUGAGUAAUUACUUAAUCUUGCUGCAUAAACUUGAUGUAGAUUUCAAUAAAUUUGAAUUUUUGUUUAAAUUCCCAAAGUAUUUUUAACCACAUGUAUUGUUAAUAUAUAUAUAUAUAUAU